GCAAGCAACUAAUUCAUGAUGCAAGAGAAGAGGGUAGAGAAACUUGGGCUUUCCUUUUAAGCAAGCAAACAGUAGAUGAUCCUGCAAGUCAGAUGCUUAUUAUUAUUGUGUGGUCGAUGCCUUAAUUCGAAGCCAUAUAUGUUUCAGCGUUGCUGCAUAUCUCGAUGAUUUUUACGCGCUGCGGGAAUCAUCGUGGAUAUAUAUAUGGAUAAAGAGAGUCGUCAAUAAUGGCCUUUAGUUUAUAGGAUAACAUGGCCAUCCACCAACUCUAAUGACUACAUUCUUAAAGCGGCUCCAUGGAGAAAGUGCCGGCUCUCUACUUUUUCUGUUUUGAUCAUUUGGAGCUGAGAGUCCAGUGGGAUUCGCAUUGUCACGUAUAAAGAAUCGACUAUCUAAUCCUCCCCCACGACUUGUUGGCCAACCGAUUACAGAAGAAGGUGCAUCCUCCCUAUUCAAACCGAAAGGAAGCAUUUGCUUCUUCUCUAUAUGCUCCUGAAGGAGAAGGCCACCCGAGGAAAUAACUUGCGACAGGGAAGAUAAGAUCUUCAUCAUGGGCUUCAUGGGAACGAAGCAGCUCGCCGUCCUCUCUCUUGUCAUACUGGCUUCGCUUCCUUCGACUGCACUGGCAGGGCGGCAGAGAAGACUUUAUGGUAAAUAUGCAGCACCAGCGGGAGCGAUAACGAAGGAAUCAGCGAAGAUUAAUGAACCGCACCAGGAACAAGUCCUCAUCGUUCGUUCCAGGAUCCUCAAAAUCAAGACAAAUGAUUAUGGAAGCUAUGAUCCUUCUCCGUCUCUUUCCAAGCCUCCUUUCAAGCUCAUACCAAACUGAUCGACGUCGCUUGGUCCCGAGAAACAAAUGGUUCGGUAAUCAAUCCGUCAGUAUAUGUAAUGCCAUAGGUAUAAGAACUUGGGGAUGUUUCUUGUUGAAGUAUAGGGUCCCUAGCUAGCUAUAGAUGUAUCGACUAGAGUUCUUGUCUUGAGACGCAGCUUAAUCUGUGCUCCUGCUUCUUCUUCCGCACCCGUAUAUGUCCAUAUAUGUCAUCCGUCUCGAGGCAAACUGCACUAAAUGCUACAGUAUAUGCCGGUGAUCUAAAUAUUCCACAUGUAAUAAAACUUUUCGUCUGCCAUGCAUGAACUCGAUUA